GGCGCUCGCCGGCGUCCAGCGGCUCACCAUGCGCGGCGGGCAGGGCGCGGCGCGGGCCCCGGUGCUCCAGUUCACCAACUGCCGCGUCCUGCGCGGCGGGGCGCUGCUCAGGGAGGACCUGUGGGUGCGCGGGGGCCGCAUCCUGGACCCCGAGAAGCUGUUCUUUGAGGAGCGGCGCGUGGCGGACGAGCGGCGGGACUGCGGGGGCCGCAUCCUGGCGCCGGGCUUCAUCGACGUGCAGAUCAACGGUGGAUUCGGUGUUGAUUUCUCUCAGGCCACGGAGGACGUGGGUUCGGGGGUCUCCCUGGUGGCCCGGAGGAUCCUGUCGCACGGCGUCACCUCCUUCUGCCCCACCCUGGUCACCUCUCCACCAGAGGUUUAUCACAAGGUCCUUCCUCAGAUCCCCGUGAAGAGUGGUGGUCCCCAUGGGGCAGGGGUCCUCGGGGUGCACCUGGAGGGCCCAUUCAUCAGCCGGGAGAAGCGGGGUGCGCACCCCGAGGCCCACCUGCGCUCCUUCGAGGCUGACGGCUUCCACGAUGUGCUGGCUACCUACGGGUCCCUGGACAACGUCCGCAUCGUGACACUGGCCCCUGAGCUGGGCCGCAGCCAUGAGGUCAUCCAGGCGCUGACGGCCCGUGGCAUCUGCGUGUCCCUAGGGCACUCAGUGGCCAACCUGCGGGCGGCGGAGGAAGCCGUGCGGAGUGGGGCCACCUUCAUCACGCACCUCUUCAACGCCAUGCUGCCCUUCCAUCACAGAGACCCCGGGAUCGUGGGGCUCCUGACCAGUGACCAGCUGCCGCCUGGCCGCAGCAUCUUCUACGGGAUGAUUGCCGACGGCACCCACACCAACCCUGCUGCUCUGCGCGUGGCCCACCGGGCCCAUCCCCAGGGACUGGUGCUGGUCACUGAUGCUGUCCCUGCCCUGGGCCUGGGCAAUGGCCGUCACACGCUAGGGCAGCAGGAAGUUGAAGUGGACGGGCUGACAGCGUAUGUGGCAGGGACCACGACACUGAGUGGCAGCAUAGCUCCAAUGGAUGCGUGUGUGCGGCACUUCCUGCAGGCGACGGGCUGCAGUGUGGAGUCCGCCCUGGAGGCUGCGUCCCUGCACCCGGCCCAGCUGCUCGGCCUGGAGAAGAGCAAGGGGAGCCUGGACUUCGGCGCUGACGCAGACUUCGUGGUACUGGAUGACGCCCUCCACGUGCAGGCCACCUACAUCUCGGGCGAGCUGGUGUGGCAGGCAGAGGAAGCCGGGCCGUGACCCAGGAGGCCGGCGGGAGAGGAGGGCCGGCGUGCGGGGAGCGGCUCUGGCCCUGCCACCAGGAUGGCGCCCGCUUGUGCGGCCAGCCUGGCGGGGGCUUGGAGACCAGUGCCCUGCGGGGCCCCCCUUGUCUCAGCUGCUGCUUGCUGUGGCCCUGAGGCCCUCCUGGAGGGGGUCUGCAGGUGCAGGGGUGGCUGGAAUCCAGCCCAUCCACAGGCUCCUGGGAGGUGGUGGGGUCGCUGCAGUGCCUGGGGCGCGGCGCGCAGGCUGGGGGUGGACAGGGAGUGUGGACGGAGGCAGCUGCUCUCUGGCACCUGAGCUGACGGGGGCAGAGGGGAGGCCUGGAGCCCACUUCUGAGUGCGGGUCCCACCACCUUUCCCCCCCGUGGGUAACCAAGAUUCCAUUCUCUCUGAUGUCUUCUCUCCACUCCACCCCGUGCUGUGCCCUGUGGCUUGCCCAGCCUUGGGUUCUCCCCAGCCUCGCCUCUUCACACAGAAGGCCUGGGCACCUCCUGGCUCAGCGGACAGCUGUGACUGGUCAGACCCUGAGGGCUGGGAGCGUCCUCCACGCAGAGUCCUGGAGUGGGCUGCUCCUGCUGCCCACACUCACACAGUGCUCAGCGCAGGAGGGCUGGACACAUCUCCCUGCCCUGCGGCUGUCCAGGCCACAGCCAUAAAAGUGGACAGCAGCCUGGGGAGAGCCAGUCAGGCAGGGCCUGGCUGCUGGGGUCUGAGGGAGGGCCUCAGGGCACGGGCACCCGUGGUCAGGGUCUCAGCCUGUGUGCUCCCCUGUGAGCAUGCCCCUGGGCUCUGGACCUGAUGGAAGGUGGCAGGGAACCGGCCCCCAGGCCGACUCCUGCCAGACGCUGGGGUCCCGCCCGCCCGCCCUGUUCCACCUGGUGCCACCACACACCUCCUUCCACUGCAGGACAUGGAGAGGGGGCAGCCCGGACCAGGCAUGGAGAGGGGGCAGCCGGGGCAGGCGUGGGCGGGGCUCUGGACCAGGCGUGGGCGGGGCAGCCGGGGCAGGCGUGGGCGGGGCUCUGGACCUGGUGCUGGGCGUCUAGAUUUGAUUUGCAGUUCAGGAGGAACCUGGCAGUCCAUUUUUAAAAAUUGUGAUAAAAUAUAUAUAACAAGA